UACUCCAGUGUGUUGGCUAAGAUCGAGCAGCAAGAACUCUUGAAACAUCAAGCUCGGAGCUAGCUAGCUAUCGAUCGGCAAUGGCUCGCAUUGCGCCGCUCCUGCUGGUGGCGCUGCUCUAUGUAGCACUGGCCGUGCAGCUCGCGCCGUCCACAGCGUGCCCUACCUGCCCGACCCCGAAGCCUCCCCCGCCGCCACCGCCGCGUAAGCUGACGCCCCCGCCGUCGUCCGUGCCCUGCCCUCCACCACCGCACGCUCCCAAGCCCGCGCCACCGCACACUCCCACGCCCACACCAACGCCGCCGCACACUCCUCUACCCACUCCCACGCCGCCACACACUCCCACGCCGCCGCACACUCCCACGCCCACGCCUGCACCGCCGCACAGACACACGCCCACGCCUGCACCGCCGCACAGACACACGCCCACACCGCCGACGCCUAUACCAGCACCGUCGCAUACUCCCACGCCUACUCCCACACCGCCGACCCCUGUCACCCCAACACCGACCCCGCCGCCGUCGCCGCCGUCGGGCAAGUGCCCAGUGGACACGCUGAAGCUGCUGGCGUGCGUGGACGCCCUCAACGGGCUGGUGCACGCGGUGUUGGGGGCAAACCCCAGUCAGACCUGCUGCCCGCUGCUGUCCGGCGUCGCCGGCGUGGACGCAGCGUUGUGCCUCUGCACCACCAUCAAGGCCAAGGCGCUCGACAUCAGCCUCGUCCUCCCCGUCGCCAUCUCGGUGCUCGUCAACCAGUGCGGCAAGAACGUGCCCGAGGACUUCCAGUGCCCGGCGACGCCGACGCCAAGCCCUGUCACUCCGACGCCAACACCGGUGACGCCGACACCGGCCCCGGUCACUCCUACGCCGACCCCUGUCACACCGACACCGUCCCCUGUCACUCCAACACCGAGCCCAGUAACUCCGACACCGUCACCUGUCACUCCGACACCAAGCCCAGUAACUCCGACGCCCACUCCGGUGACGCCAACCCCAGUGACCCCGACGCCGUCGUCGCCGACGGGCCAGUGCCCCGUGGACACGUUGAAGCUGCUAUCGUGCGUGGACGCUCUCAACGGGCUGGUGCACGCUGUGAUCGGCAGCAGCGCCAGCGACACUUGCUGCCCGCUGCUAUCCGGCGUGGCUGACCUGGAUGCCGCCCUCUGCCUCUGCACCACUAUCAAGGCCCAGGCGCUGGACAUCAGCCUCGUGCUGCCCAUCGCCAUCGAGGUGCUCGUCAACCAGUGCGGCAAAAACGUGCCCAGCAACUUCCAGUGCCCGGGGACGACGACGCCAACGCCAACCCCAACCCCUGUAACCCCGACGCCGACACCUGUAACCCCGACACCGACGCCUGUAACCCCGACGCCGACACCGACUCCGGUAACGCCGACGCCGACCCCUGUGACGCCCACGCCGACUCCGGUGACGCCAACCCCGGUGACCCCGACGCCCUCGUCUCCGACGGGUCAGUGCCCCGUGGACACGGUGAAGCUGCUGUCCUGCGUGGACGUGCUCAACGGGCUAGUGCAUGCGGUGCUCGGGAGCAGCGCCAGCGACACCUGCUGCCCUCUGCUCUCCGGCGUGGCCGACCUCGACGCGGCGCUAUGCCUCUGCACCACCAUCAAGAUCAAGGCGCUCGACAUCAGCCUCGUGCUACCCGUCGCCAUUGAGGUGCUCGUCAACCAGUGCGGCAAGAACGUUCCCGACGACUUCCAAUGCCCUAGCUAAUCAAGCUCCAUCGUCGAGCACUAUCGGCAAACCUGCAUCUGAUCGAAUGCGAUGCAUCGAUACAAAUUCUCGUCAGUAAUUCUCGUCAGUGUGUAAGUACAUUAGUGUGUCUUGCGGCAGACACUUGUGGCGUGGAGCUGUGGAAAAAUGCAUGCAUGCAUUGUGCAAUUGUGUAGUACUCCUAGUAAUCGUACGUGUACGUGUGAGUUUUGGUCUCUU